AUGUUACCGAGUGCUAAUUACCGUCCUAUAAAGGAUUAUAGUAAAGCGGAGACCUUGAUUAUCGAUUGCCAUAACGAUGCUUCUACAGAGAAUGAUGCUAAAAGAACGGCAUCUUUUUUCCAGGCUUUUAAUUCAAAGAGUCAAGUAACUACGUUGACUACAGCAAAGGCGUUAGCGGAUUUGUUCGAAAAUCUGGCAAAGUUGAAGGCGAAAAUGACGAUGAACGAGACCGAUGCUUUGAUGGCUGAGACGAGAGAAACAAUGUUAAAAGUGUUUCUGGAGGAGAAAAUACCCGAUAAGUGGUCUGGAGGGCUAAACAGGAACUGGAACGAAACUAUGGCCGAAAAAAAUGAGCGACUGUUGAGCUUGUUCCAAGAAGAGGAGUCGGCAAUGAGAACGGAGCUAAGAGAGUUGGUAGAAAAACGAGAGCAGUGGGCAAAUGAAAGAAUGCUGAUGAUCGAAGAGAUAGAACGGGAGGAGGAAAGACUGAAGAGAGAGAGUAAGAAAUUCGCAGCGACUGUCCUAUCCUUCAUUGAGAAAUGGAUGACCCUUCCACUUGAUGAAGGUUGGUAACUUUUAGAGAAACUUAGAAUUAAGUUUAAAGCAAAAAGACCGCUGGCGAAUGUAUCAGUUGUAACACAUGAGCAAACGGCAAACGGCAAAGCCACGUUUCUUGCGUCUAAUAGGCCUCUGCCUGGCCUCCAGUGUGGUGCAUGAUUCCUCCAUGACUAUCUAUUUUAUAAAGAAAAAUAAGACUGCUCGCAUUAACAUUCACUCGUAGCUUAACCCUAUUCAGACUGGCUUUUCUUGUGCUUCCUGCGACCGGCGGGACCUCGGAGGCUCCCUUCUAUAAGGGUUGAUUUCCAGUGUGGCGUAAUUUUUACAUGCGUAUGAGCGUAAAAUUUACGUUAGCAAAUUAAAUAGAGACAAUACAUGAAAGUCGCUCGUCAGCGUAAACGUUCAACCUCUUUCAGCUUCUCGUUUAAGCUCAGCACUUUUUAUCUUGUUUCUACUUUAUUUACGUGAUUAAAAUUUACGUGCGUUAACGUGUGUAGCCAAAAACGCGCGUCAGUGGAAAUCAACCUUACUACCAAACCGCUCAUCCUUCGGCCCCCAAAACUACAUAUAAUAAUGUACUCAUCAUUUCCAAUUUCUGGGCGAAAUUUUAUUGUCAUGAAGACCUCAUCUUACGUGACCUUGACGUCAUAUUGUUGCAUUAAUUGGCAGAAUCUAAUUUUCCCUCAAAGGAAGGUAUCAAACGAAAAGUCGUUAUCAAAAGUCGUUAUUAAUAAAUAAAUAGUAAGGUCUCUGAACAAAUCAAGACGUUGGCUAAUUUAAUGAUCUUUACCAAUAGGAGUGAUGUCAUGAUGACUUCGUUUGUUACUAAAAAAGGGAACUGAAUCCGAAAAAAAAAAGGAAAAGAAGGAGAAAAGCAUGGUUUGUUUUACGCAUUUGCAGAACAUUAUUUGCCGCCAAACAUAUGAGCCAAGCGCAGUUGGACGACAUCCCCAUGAGCGGACAAUUGUUUGUAGCCAGUUAUUUGCAGGUUACUUGGGGGCCUCUCGGCCGAUGAAAAGGAAAAAAAGUAGCACCGAAUGACAAUAAAUGAAAUUUUCACACCAACUGUACGUGUGAUCUUUAUCUGAAAUCUGUUUGCGAAAUGAUGAUGGGAAUGUCAUUCCCAUUAUCUGGUUUUUAGGCUGUUGAUUAGAAUAAAGUGAGAUUCCACGGGUUCGUUUGUUUUUUUCUUACAGGUGAGGAAUCAACCCUUUUUGUUGUACUUGUCAGAGAAGGUUUCAAGCUUAAUUCGUACAGCGAUGACGUUGAAAACUUCAUGAAAAUGAUAGGAGAGUGUGUAAGAAAAGCAUUGUCCCUCAUUCCAGGUGCAAAGCUUCUGAUUGCAAAUAAUUCGUCAUGUUUAGCGGAAAAGGCAGAAAUACCUUGCGAAACUCUACAGGUGUAUUCGCCAGAAAGGAUUGGUCUAACAACGAUGCUGGAUCUUCUGAAAAAGCGCUGGCAAACUUUGGACCUCAUAUCAGUGAUGCAGGAAUUAAAAAGAUCA